CAAUGCUGCCCACCUCGAGCUCUCCGUGGCCCCCAGGGUCGGCUGAGCCGGCUGGACGCCCCUCCCUGCCCUGGGCCCUUGUAGAGUCAGUGAAGAAGCAAGCGAGGAUGCGGGCCGCGUAGGUUGCGGGCGACUGCAGAGCAAUGCUGCUCUCGAGGGAGCUCAUUCCUGAUGGGCAGCAAAACUGUUUGUGGAUGAAGGAGCCAGAGCCACUCCCCAAGUCUGGCUGUGGGGCGCACUGCCAGCCACGGGCCACCACUCUUCUUGCUGGUGAGGCAAAGUGAAUAACCGCGUCUGUUGAAUCCAGGGCCGCCGGCAGGAACCAGGUUGGUCUGGGUGAUGCCACCCAUGCCUUGAGGCCAGGAGACAACCCCCCCCCCCCAGGCCAGCAUGCCGUGGGACACCAGGCCCGGACGCAGUGCCAAUGGCGGGCCUGAGGGCCCGGGCUCCGGCUCAAAUCGCUUGCGGGUACAGAAGCAGUGCCGGAAAUCGUCCUUCGCCUUCUACCAGGCCGUGCGCGACCUGCUGCCCGUGUGGCUACUGGAGGACAUGCGUGCCAGCGAGGUCUUCCACUGGGACGAGCGCGGGCGCGCGGCCGCCUACUCGCCGUCGGAGGCCCUGCUGUACGCGCUCGUGCACGACCACCAGGCCUAUGCGCACUACCUGCUGGCCACUUUCCCGCGGCGGGCGCUCGCCCCACCUAGCGCGGGCUUCCGCUGUUGCACCGCGCCCGGACCGCACGUGGCAUUGGCGGUGCGCUACAACCGCGUGGGCAUCCUGCGCUGCAUCCUGAGAACCGUGCGGGACUUCCCACUAGAGGAGCGCAUGCGCCUCCUGGACCGACGUGGCUGCAGCCGCGUGGAGGGCGGUGGCACAUCCCUGCACGUGGCCUGUGAGCUUGCACGCCCCGAGUGCCUCUUCUUGCUGCUCGGCCACGGAGCUUCUCCAGGCCUGCGAGACGGUGGUGGCUUUACACCACUGGAGCUGCUGCUGCGCCAGCUUGGCCGGGACGCCAGCUCAGCUCCCGCUGCUGCUGUGGCCUCCUCUGCCACCGGCAACGCGGCCACUACCAGCACCACUCCACCUGAGGAGCUGUGUCAGCGCCGCCUGCUGCUGCUUGACCUCCUGGUGCUGUACACCAAAGUGGGUGCCGCCAGCCCCGCUCGAUGUGAGCUGCUGGGAGACCGGCUACGCUGGCAAAGGCUGCUGGGUGAGGACAAAUUCCAGUGGCUAGCAGGGCUGGCGCCACCCUCCCUCUUUGUGCGAGCCAUGCAGGUGCUGGUCACCACCAUCUCACCUGGCCGCUUCCCCGAGGCCUUGGAUGAGCUGCCUCUGCCACCCUUUCUGCAGCCAUUGGACCUCACCGGCAGGAGCUAGACUCGGGCACCCUUGGCAUUGUAACUGGGGACAGAGUGUUUUUGAGAGCAUUGUACAUGGCACUUUACAUAUAUGGAUCUCUGACUGUA